AGAUUUAUAUAAGAAUUAAGAUUUAGACGUAUCAUAUUCAAAAUGAUUAAUAUACCGAGGCUUACAUUUUACAGACAGAUACAUGUACAAAACACAAUAGGGAUUAAAAGGGGUAUUUCGUGUAACAGAAUGGCAACUAGCACACUCUCAUCCGUCUCUCACGUCCAUCAGACUCAGACUCAACCUCAUAUACUCACCAAUGGUUCAACCCGUUCAUUCUCCGCCAGCUCUCCGAGUCAACAACCCUCAAACGUCGGAAAUGUAGGGUUCGCCGAGCAGGAUACUAUCAUAGGCAAGCAGGCUCACGAGCCGUUGACCGUCGAUGGCAUCAAAGCGCGGAGGGCGAAGGCCGGCAAGCUGAUCGCUCCCACCGCCUCGUACUCGGAUAGUGAUAUGUUCAAGUCUCCCCAAGCCUUCGACAAGCCCAAAGCAAAACGAUGGGACCACCUCCUAACCGAAGAAUCCCGGGCCCGCAAGCCAUGCGCACUAAAACAAGCAGCCAAGCACCUCAAGAAACCCGGCCUAAUCUCCCUAGGCGGGGGCCUACCCUCCGCCUCCAACUUCCCCAUCGACCACCUAAGCAUGCACGUGCCCGCGCCGCCCUCCUUCGAGGGCGGCGACGCGGCAACAGCGGAAGCGGGCAAGUACGACGUAGCCAAGGACGAGAACGGGGGCGUGUACGACCUCGCGAUCGCGCUGAACUACGGGCAGAGCAUCGGCUCGGCGCAGCUGCUGCGCUGGGUCACCGAGCACGCCGAGCUCGCGCACGCGCCGCCCUACGCCGACUGGCGCUGCGCGCUGACCAUCGGCAGCACGGGCGCGCUCGAGCAGGCCUUCCGCAUGUUCUGCGAUAAAGGGCGCGGCGACGCCGUCCUGACCGAGGAGUACAGCUUCUCGACCGCGCUGGAGACGGCGGCGCCGCUCGGGAUCAAGGUUUUUGGCGUCAAGAUGGAUGGCCAGGGGUUGUUGCCCGAAAGUAUGGAUGAGAUUUUGGAGGGGUGGGAUGAGGAGGCGAGGGGCGCGAGGAAGCCGGCUGUUUUGUAUACGGUGCCGUCGGGGCAGAACCCGACGGGCGCGACGCAGAGCGCGGAAAGGAGGAGAGAGGUUUAUGAUGUGUGUCGUAAGCACGACGUGUACAUCAUCGAGGACGAGCCGUACUACUUCCUGCAGAUGCAGCCGUACACCUCGCAUCCGCCCUCCAACCCGCCACCGCACUCCGACGAACGCGCGGAAGUAAAACCAAUCCCGCACCCGGAGACCGUAGAGCAGUUCCUCAAGCAGUUGAUUCCCAGCCUGCUGAGCAUGGACGUGGACGGGCGCGUGAUGCGGAUGGACUCGUUCAGCAAAGUUGUCGUUCCCGGGUCGCGGACGGGCUGGAUCACGGCGAGCGAGCAGAUCGUCGAGCGCUACAUCCGGCACGCCGAGUGCUGCAGCCAGGGCCCGAGCGGCAUCUCGCAGAUCCUCAUGUACAAGCUCGUCGACGAGACCUGGGGCCACGAGGGCUACCUCCGGUGGCUCAUGCACCUGCGGCUCGAGUACACGCGCCGCCGGAACACCAUCCUCGCCGCCUGCGAGGAGUACCUGCCGCGCGAGGUCGUCAGCUGGGUGCCGCCGGCCGCGGGUAUGUUCCUAUGGCUCCGCGUAGACCACACCCAGCACCCGCAAGCCUCCACGAAAUCCAUCCUCGAGAUCGAGGAGGACAUCUUCAACUCGUGCAUCGACAAGGGCGUCCUCGCCAUCCGCGGCUCCUGGUUCCGCGCCGAGCAGGACGUGCCGCCCAGCGGCCUCUUCUUCCGCACCACCUUCGCCGCCGCCUCCGAGGACGACAUGGCCCGCGCCAUCGAGCGCUUCGGCGCCGCCGUGCGCGAGAGCUUCCGACUCGCUUCCGAUUAAACCUGUGUUAGAAAAGAAACGAAAAAAAAACCCCCCGGGGGAGAGAUCGGUAACGGGAAUGCGGAAACGUCUGUCGGGAAAAUCGGGAUUCGGGAACUGAACGCUGGAAGUGGUGACUGUAUUGUUUAGGCAUCGAACAACAGCACAUAGCUAGAUGAAGCUCAUUGGGAGUUGGUGUUAGCAUGUUAUCGUAGCAUUUACCCCUUACCUAACUAAAUAGAGGUUCCGCAUGAGACGGAUAGCCUCUUAAGGGCUUGUUGGUAUGAAGUUGGAAGCCAAAUCCACCUUGUACGUUCUUGUUUAUGCGCGACGUUGUGUGACAUGAUCGGUCUUCUACAGCCAGCCAC